AUGAUCACAGGGUACAUGAAACAAGGUAGUGUUGAAGAUGCUAAGGAUGUAUUUAGGAAAACGGUUGAGAAAGACGUGGUGGUUUUUAAUGCAAUGAUUGAAGGUUAUAACAAAUCUAUUAACAUUGCUAAGAGGGCACCUGAAGUUUAUAUUGACAUGCAACGGUUGGAUUUUAGUCUUAUGUUAUCAAAUUUUGCAAGCAUCACUGGGGCUUGCUCUAUAUUAUUAGCAUUUGAAAUUGGUCAACAAAUUCAAGGACAACUUAUGAAGACGGAAUUUUUUGGUGACGUAAAAAUGGGAAGUGCUCUAAUAGAUAUGUACUCAAAAUGUAGGAGAAUUGAGGAAGCUAGAAGAGUUUUUGACCACAUGACUGAAAGGAAUGUCUUUUCAUGGACGUCCAUGAUUGAUGGAUAUGGGAAGAAUGGAAAUCCAAUUGCUGCACUUGAGCUGUUCAGAAGAAUGCAAGGAUAUUGUCACAUCAAGCCCAAUUAUGUAACAUUCCUUAGUUCAGGAUUGGAUAUCAUAAUGAAAAUGCCUAAAAAACCAAAUUCUGAUGUUUGGGCGGCUCUAAUAAGUUCAUGUAGACUUCAUGGAAAUUUAGAGAUUGCAAGUAUAACUGUCAAUGAACUUUUGAAAUUAAGUAGUGAUAGUAGGCCAGGGGCAUAUGUUGCUUUAUCCAAUGCUUUAGGAGAGGCUGGGAAAUGGGAAAAUGUAGGUGAAAUUAGGGAAGUAAUGAAGUUGAUGACGUUUGAAAGUGAUGGACCAACAGUUGAGGAUAUUUAUUGUAUAUUCACUCUUCUACGUAACUCAAACGCAAAACAAGAAAAACAGAAACACAAGAAGAGGAAGAAAAAGAAGAAGAAGAAGAAAGUAGCCAUGUCUUGUUGCUGCGGUGAGGAUUGUGAGUGCCGCCCCUUGGGCUUUCUUUUAGGCCUUCCGUUUGCCUUUGUCGCUCUCCUCCUCUCCCUUGUCGGCGUUGUCAUCUGGAUUGUCGGGCUAGCGUUGACUUGCAUAUGCCCAUGUUGCUUGUGUGUUACUGUCAUAGUUGAGCUGGCUCUGGCAUUGAUCAAGGCCCCCUUUUCUGUCAUGAAGUGGUUCACUGAGAAGAUACCUUGUUAAUUAGAUCUUAUUCAUCAAUACAUUCCAAGAUUAUUCAUUGAUCCCCCCUUAACAAUUUCUACCUUUGUGUGUUGUUGUAAUAUUUUAAUGUUUGAUCUAGUUUGCAUAGAAG